AUGAGCGGAUGCGCGGAGGCCGCCGCAGUGGCGGCGACCUUGCCUGGGGCGGGGGUCAGGGACUCUGGGGCACCUGGCUUGCGGCCGCCCAUGGUUCCCCGUCAAGCAUCCUUCUUCCCGCCGCCUGUGCCCAAUCCAUUUGUUCAGGAUACGCGGAUUAGCGCCAGCAGCCGAGUCCUGAUUCUCCUUUUGGGAUGUAUUUUGCUUCCAAUCCGUGCCUUAUGCGUUGCAUUGAUUUUGAUAAUAGCUUGGCCAUUUGCUGCAGUUGCAACAGUAGGCUUACCAGAAAAAUUGACACAUCCAGUCAUAGGUUGGAGGAGGAAAUUUACUUACCCAGCCCUGAAGUUCCUAGGUCGAGCUAUGUUCUUUUUAAUGGGAUUCAUGGUUAAAGUGAAAGGAAAUAGAGCAAAUCCAAAUGAAGCACCGAUUUUUAUUGUAGCUCCUCACUCAACCUUCUUUGAUGGAAUUGCAUGUGUUGCUGCUGGAUUACCCUCUAUUGUAUCUAGAACUGAGAAUGCCUAUGUCCCAUUGAUUGGCAGAGUAUUACGAGCUAUUCAGCCAGUGCUGGUGUCCCGUGUAGAUCCUGAUUCUCGGAAGACCACAAUAAAUGAAAUAAGAAAGAGAGCUACUUCAAGAGGGGAAUGGCCACAGUUGUUAGUCUUCCCAGAAGGCACCUGCACUAAUCGUACCUGUCUGAUCACCUUUAAGCCAGGAGCCUUCAUUCCAGGAGUUCCAGUGCAGCCAAUACUUCUGAGAUAUCCAAAUAAGUUGGAUACAGUGACCUGGACUUGGCAGGGAUAUACAUUCAUUCAGCUUUGCAUGCUUACUUGCUGCCAGCUCUUCACCAAGGUAGAAGUUGAGUUUAUGCCUGUUCAUAUUCCUAAUGAUGAAGAAAAAAGCGAUCCUGUUCUUUUUGCCAGUCAUGUCCGGAACACAAUGGCCAAUGCUCUUGGAGUGCCUGUUACAGAUCAUACUUAUGAAGAUUGUAGAUUGAUGAUUUCAGCUGGACAACUGACAUUGCCUAUGGAAGCUGGUUUGGUGGAAUUUACUAAAAUUAGCCAGAAAUUGAAAUUAGACUGGGAAGGUAUUCGUAAACAUUUGGAUGAAUAUGCUGCUAUUGCAACAGCUUCAAAAGGAGGUAGAAUUGGAAUUGAAGAGUUUGCAGAGUAUUUAAAACUUCCCAUUUCAGAUGUCCUGAGACAGCUUUUUGCACUCUUUGACAGGAAUCAUGAUGGCAGCAUAGACUUCAGGGAAUAUGUGAUUGGUCUGGCAGUCCUAUGUAAUCCUGCCAAUACAGAAGAGCUCAUCCAGGUGGCAUUUAAGCUUUUUGAUGUUGAUGAGGAUGGCUAUAUAACAGAGGGAGAAUUUACCACCAUUUUGCAGGCUUCUCUUGGAGUACCUGACCUUAAUGUUUCUGGUCUCUUUCGGGAAAUAGCCAAAGGGGAUUCAACACAUGUUUCUUACGCUGAAUUUAAGAGUUUUGCCUUAAAGCAUCCAGAAUAUGCCAAGAUAUUUACUACAUACUUAGACCUCCAGACAUGCCAUGUAUUUUCUUUGCCCAAAGAAGAUAAUGUGAUUCCAUUAGUUGCUCAUAACAAAGUCAGCCCGGAACCUGCCGAAGAUGGUACCUCAGACAAAAAAGAUGACUGAAACAAAAAAUAGACAGCAAUAAUUAUUAUUUUAAGUUGUAAAAACAUUUAUUGAUGAUAUUUAAAAUGUGUGCUGAAUAGAGAUCACAUUUAAUAUUGAAAACUUUUUUGCUUUUCUAAAGUUCUAUUAAAAAUUAUCUAAAUGUCCUCUUAUUUUCUUAUAACAUGUUUUAUGGCAUUCAAUAAUAAGGUUGGUUUAUUGGGAAUAAAAUUCCUGUUUUUAUAGAUUUUACUUUUCAAAUCAAGAUGCCUCUGUUAAGUAAAACAUAGUGGUUUGUGCUUUUUUUUGGGUGAUAAACUGAAAGUUUCUAUAUCAUAUAUAUAUAUAUAUAUUUUUGAUAUCCUGAGGAAAAAAAGAAAAUAUUCUUUGUUUGUGAUGUAAAGCAUAUCUUAAGUGAACCUUUUUUUUCUUUUUUUGGUCAUCUGUUGUUUCAUUAGACUCUACAUAUUUUUUUCAGGAACAAAAAUAAUUCUUAGAUUAUAGAGUAAUUAGAAUUAUAAAGCAAUUAGAAUGAUGACUCCAUUUAUUAGAUAAGACAUUUUAAGAAGCUCAUAUAGUUUUUAGUGUGCAUCUGACUUACAGGUCUUCAUAAUUAUCUGUCAAAAUCAAGAUCCCUGUGCACAUUAGAAUAUGUUGACUUUAUAAUGUCCUCUGUAGCCAAUGACCAAGUAUGAAAUGCCUUUUUAAGGCAAUACUUAUUGCUUAAUAAAAACAACUAAGUUAGAGUUGAA